GCAGCGAACUUUGCUCCCCACCGAUGUCUUGGUUUCCCAACACACUCGACAAGGCUCCGAGUUGGCACUUUGAUGCUAUCUCACUAGUCGCCGUACUAGGAGACUCGACCAUCACAGAACAUGCCCAAACGUUGACCGCCUCAUCCUUAUGCCUCAUCCCACGUCUUAUCCCCGCGCCGCAAGCGUUGGUGAAAACUACACGACCAAGCCGUUUACCGGCCGUACCAGCGAUAAUUUUUGGGGUGCACUCGGGAACCAGGAUUGACGAACUGAAUUUUUACGCAAACUUGAUCCACGAUAUCGGGUCAUUGAAACCAUUGCAAUUCAAAGCAUACAAGAUCACGCGGAAUUUGCCUGCGUCCGAGUCGGAAAAAGCCAGAGUCCGUGACAACGAGAAGGGAGAAGGAAUCCAAUAUAAAGUUGUCCAAGCUCAGGCGACUGGAACCAAUGUGGUGAAGCCGACGGUUUUCAUAAGAACCUGGUCCCCAUUGAAUUUCAUUUCGGUGGGGUCCGUGCUUCUCACUAUCGGCUUGAUAGUAUGGGCAUGCUUGCUCCACGACGGUGUUGGUGUCAUUGCCCUCAGUGCAAUGUCCUUCUCCGCGCUCUUUGUGGGUUUGGCAUCGCGCUGGAGCCCCCGGCUGACGAUGCGACCCACCAACGCAGCCUGCCCACCAGGCGACAUUGUCAUCCGAACCCGUGAAGGUGCAUUCGUCGUAGUCGAAUGUGUCGAAGAGAUCACGCGAGAGCUCUACACCGGUACCGAGUACGCCGACUAUUGGAUUAGCGAUAGAUACUGA